AUGAGCGCCCUCUCAGUACCAGAGCUCAACCGCCGAGUUGUCACUCGGUAUUUCCAGGAGUUCUGGACCAAUGGCAACGCCGACAUCGUCGACGAGCUCUGCGCAGAUAACAUAACCGUCUUUUACCCCAUGCAUGGGCGAUCCGUGGGCAAAGCUGCUGCCAAAGAAGUCCUAGCCAAGUUCAAGCUGGCAUUUCCGGAUAUCUCGUUCCGACUGCUAUCUCCUUUCCCCUUGAUUGCCGAGCAAGAUUAUGUGGUUGCGCGAUGGUUUGGAGGGGGGAAGCAUACCGGACCGGCGUUCUACGAUUUGCCCAUUGGAAGCUUGCCGGUGCCCAAUACCGGCAAGGAGAUGCGAUUUUCGGGGACGACGAUCUAUAAGCUGGAAAAUGGCAAGAUUGUGGAAGAGACGGGAGAGGAGUCCGGUUUGGUGGCGAUGCAGCAGCUGGGCUUCCUCAAGCUGAAUGAUGGCUUUGCUCCAUGA